UGGGCCGGAAAUGUGGGCUCGAAUCAGUCCGCUGGCGCUGGUCGGGUCCGUCCCUGGCGCUACUUCUGGUCAGCGGGAAGGGCGUGAGAAGAUUCACGAGCCCCGUGUCUCCUUGAGCUCGGGGUCCCCUUCCUGCCAGGUCUGGGGGUGUUUUGGUUGGUUGGUUUUUAAAAUCCCAGGUAAUCCUGGUGGGAGCUAUUGGCAUAGCUAGAAAAUUGAGGCAGACUUUCCACUCAGUUUCAUAACCCAUUCUGUGUGAACUAAUUUUGCUGGGAUGGUUUUUCUUUGAGUAUCAGUGGACACUAGAUGGAGGGCCACCAUUUUUCCAUCAUUGCAAAUGACACCCGCUGAUGCGAAAACUUGGGGACAUUUGUAUUCUCCUGCCUUUAAGAAGUAGCUAGAGUGGGUAGCUAGCUUCAACCGCAGGUCUCCUUUCGGAGUGGAGGAAGCAUGAGCCACUUGCAAAAUUUGCUGUUAGAUGCCCUCCUGGGGACCAAGCACGUGGACGGUGCGGCCUUCAUCAAACUCCAGGAGCGGAGCCUGUGUGUCGCGUCACCAGGAUUUAGUGUAAUGCCAAGUGAUGUCCAAACACUUGUGAAUGGAUUUGCCAAAAAUCCUUUGCAACCUCAUAGAGAAGGACUGUAUUUCAAGGAAAAGGACUACAAAUGUGUCCGGGCAGAUGACUGUUCUCUUUAUGCUAAGAGUGAGAACACUGGUGUGGUUGUUGUGAAGACCCGUCUGUACCUGCUGGUGGCCACUUACACAGCAGGCAUGUAUCCUAGCGUCUGUGUGGAAGCCACAGAGAAGCUGGGAGACUAUCUAAGGAAAAAAGGAAGUUAAGUCACCCAAGGAGUAUGAAAGACAACUUUAUUAUUGUAUAAGAAAACUAUUGAUUCUACAAAAAAACUCCACCUUAUUUUGUAUUUGAAAAAUACUAAGCAGGAAAUACUAAAAAAGAAGACUGAGUUGAGAGAGAAAUUUUUCUUGUUUCAAGAUAUAUCAUCUUCUUUAAUUGGAAUUACUUGAUCACCUUUUUCUUUUAAGUGUCAGUCAUUGCCAAGGAAUGUGAGAGUGCUGAUAGUUUCACAAGACAUGUCUGUGGGGCGUUUCACCCCCACGAGGCUCUUAUAUCCUAGACAUCUUGUUAGGUACUCCAAGAAUGUGAAGCCUGAACCCCUCUAUCCAGGCCACUUCUCAGGGUUACAUAGCAGCAAGCAGCCUUUAAAAAUGAAGUAACGUCUUCCUUCAGGGCACACAGCAGACUUGCUUACUGCUUGCUAUGAAAGCGGUAGGGUCCCUGAGCUCAGGGUUCCUCUCCUGUAAUCCAGUUCAUUGCGUGUGUGACUUCUGUCUGGUCUACCUCACCCAUGUUGGACCCAGAAGAUCAGGAACCAUUGCAAAGACCACCCAACAGUGGGCCACCAGUCAAGGAAUUAGGUGGACAUUACACAUUGCAACUGCAGGCAUCGAGUAUUGUUGGUCAUUGUAAAGGCUUCUCAAAAAUUAGAAGGAUUGGGCCGGGGAUUUAGCUCAGUGGUUUCGCCGCCUGCUCACAAGUCCAAGGACCCAUGUUCAAUCUCCAGUACCAAAAAAAAAAUUAGAAGGAUUAGCCAGGCAUGGUGGUGCAUGCCUGUAAUCCCAGCACUCAGGAGGCUGAGACAGGAGGACUGCAACAAGUUCAAGGCCAGCCUGGACUACAUAGCAAGACCCUGUCUCAGAAACAAAACAAAUCAGAAGGAUUUCUGACUCUGCAUCCCUAGUCUGAAUAACUGAGUAAAGCAUAACGGUCACUGAAUGCAUCCAUCUUCUCUCCCUCACUUCCUAGAUGACCAGGAUGAUAAGGCAGUGAGUCAUAGAACCUGUUCUCAGACACAGCUGAAGAAAAAUCUGUAGUCACAGCCCUGGGAUGGGCCAUACCAAUUACAUGGCUUGGAGGCCCGGCACCUGGGGAGGGGUGGUGUAGACCUUGGAGACUGGACAUGGGGAGCUCCUGAGUGCUCUCGCCCCCUAGAUUCAGUGCCUCGGCAUGGCAGAUACAGGGGCUAAGCUACUAGUCCUGGUAAAUUGAAUAAAAUCAAAUCUUAGACCCUUAGUCGUUCUGGCAUUGUCAGGCAGCAAGGCACCGUAUUCUGAAUUUAAAAGUCACUGCUCUGGGGCAAAGAGUCUUCUGUUAAUGUUUAUGCAAUUCUACGAAUUUCAGGUUUUGUGGAACAGCCUCUCAAAGAGCUACUUCCAACAUUAUUCCUUUUCUGACCAUGGAUGCUAAGGACCCCCCAAUUUUUCCUUGGUCAGCCUUACCAUUAGCUAUCAUUUAUUGAUUCAGUUACUUGAUUUUUUUUGGGGGGGGACAAGAGAUAAAUUUAAAAUUCACUUAAUAUCAAGUAGCCUAGGCCCGGGGAUUUAGCUCAGUGGUUUUGCCGCCUGCUGCACAAGUGCAAGGACCCAAGUUUGAUCCCCAGUACCAAAAAAAAAAAAAAUCAGGUAGCCUACUGUGUGCUAAAUAGUGGUGAUACACCAAGUCAAUAAUACAUCUACUCCACCCCACAUAGGUUCAUGAUCUAGUGGGAAAGGCACACUUGAAACCAAGUCACAUUACUAAGGGAUAGACACUAUAGCACAUAUAAAACAGAAUUUCAGAGCACAGCCAGGUGUAUACAGCACACCUGUAUUCCCAGCAUCUUCGAGGCUGAGGCAGGAGGACCACUGUGAGUUCGAGGCCAGGGAGACCCUGUCUCAACACACACACAUUUCAGAGCACAGAGUCUGGAGUGAGUGACUGCCUUCAGGAAACCGAAAAUGGCUUUUGAAGUGAAUUUGGAAGAAUAUGGAAGAGAACACAGAGUAUUUCAGGUUUAAGGAAUGGUGGCGGCAAAGGCACAGUCAUGAAAACUCCUUUGGUGUGUAAAGAACGGUGAGAAGUUCGAAGUGGCCGGAAAGCACUGUGAGGAAGUAACAUGAAAAUGGAAGAUGGUCGGGCCCAGAAGAAGCUGCUUUCCUUAGGCCUCUCAAAGACCAGUUGGUCUUUUUCCACAUACAUAAUAGACAUCCAUUGCUACGUAGCAGUACUAGGGCAUAAACUUGGGGCCUCACAACUUCCCCAACCCUUAAAAAACUUUUUGAGACAGGGUCUUGUUAAAUUGCCCAGGCUGGCCUUGGACUUGGAAUCCUCCUGCUUCAGCCUCUUGAGUAACUGAGUUUACAGUUGUGACCCACUACACUCAGCUGUUUCAGCCUUACCUAGAUCUUCAGUACACAAAGUGGACAUACUAUGUUCAUUUGCCAUAAUGUUAUCAUACUUGUAGGGCCAGGGAUUUAGCUCAGUGGUUCCACCACCUGCCUCUCAAGCACAAGGUCCCGAGUUUGAUCCCCAGUAACAACAACAAAAAAAUGUUACCAUACUUGUGUGCGUGUGUGUGGUACUAGGGAAAUAACAAUAUUAGGGUGCAGCGGAAAUGACUCAUUUCUGGAGGGGAUACACUUGUUCAGGAUAGAAGCUAGUCACCACAGGAACCAACCCCAUCAUUAGAGGGUUCAAGUCUCAGUCUCUAUCCCUGACCUCUCAGAGGGGAGAGGAAGAGGGGUUUGAGUUUGGUCAUGUGGCCAAAGAUUUAAUCAGUUACGCCUGUCUGGUGGGCCCACAUAGAGCACCCUGCACUGUCAGGUGGGGAGGGUUCAGGGUCAGUGAGCACAGUGAUAUGGUGGCAGGUCAUGUGUUCAGAGACAGUAUGGAAGCUCCAUGCUCCUGCUCCCAACCCCACACCCAAUACCCUGCCCCAUGUGCCACUUCCAUUAGGCUCUCCCUGAGUUGUAUUCUUUAUAAUAAAAAUGUAAUAGGAGCUGAGUGUGUGGCACACACCUGUAAUCCUAGCAUUCAGGAGGCUGAGGCAGGAGGAUUUCUGCAAAUCUGAGCCCAGCCUGGGAUACAUAGUGAGCUCAAGGCCAGUCUAGAAUGUGUAGCAAAAAAUAAUAAGAAGAACCCAUUUGAUUUGGGUGAUUAACAAUGAGGACUGGCUUUACCAACAAGAAUGUAGCCGGGUGUGGUGGCACAUGCCUGUGAACCCAGCACUUGGGAGGCUGAGGCAGGAGGAUUUCUGUGAGUUUGAAGCCAGCCUGGGAUACAUAGUGAGUUCAAUGCCAGCCUGAACUACAUAGUGAGACCCUGUCUCAAAAAAAAGAAAAAAAAGUCAGGGCCAGGGAUUUAGCUCAGUGGUUCCAGCACCUGCCUCAAGAGCGCAAGGACCCGAGUUCAGUCCCCAGUACCAAAAAAAAAAAAGUCAGAUGUUUGUCACAAAUGAAUUAAUUCUGCAGUGCUAAGAUGUUAUUGAAAACAGGUAAAGCAUGUGAUAAGGCAAGCAAAAUGUUAUUUUAGCAAAAACCUAUUGGAAUUAAAUCUUCAUUUUCUCAAUCCUUCCUGAGAUUUAAUUCCUUUCUUUAAAUAAGGUGCCUCUAAGUGAAAAAAUAAGAGAUAAUUAAUAAUCAUUUGAAAAGUUUUCAAAAAACUUUGUUGGUAUAAUUCCAGAAACUGAGAAUUUGAAUGACAUUUAUCACUGGAUAACAAAUCCUGUACAGAUUGGAUGGUUUCCAAGUCUUUCCCUUCAACAAAAUUGAAGCAAGUCCUAAUUAAGUUGUCAACUAAUAAAUCAUUGAAAGCAA